CUUUAAUUGAUUCAAACUACGGACAUCAUGAACAACUUUUCUCUGAUGCGCUACAAGAGGGCGCGAGUGACAAGAUGGGAGGUGUCAAGGAAGAGCCCCAGUUGUCAAUGUCCCCGUUCGUUCGAGACGGAUCUAGAUGCAUGUUUUGUUUGUGCUGAACACUGUAUUUCAAUUAUCAACCUAGUCGGUAGGUGCACGGUGGUCACUGGUGUAAAAUCGGCGCAGGCUAUAUUUGGCACCCGGUGUCGAUUGGACCUUGGGAGAUCGGGGUCAGGAAUUGCGCGACCAUGUGUGACAAUCGUGAUAAAUCUUGAUCAGUUGCGCAUUGACGUGGGUGGGAGGCAAUAUUGUGAUAGAGAUAUAAGGAGCAUCCUUCAAUCCCACUAUUCCCAUUCUGGUCAAGCACUAGAGAAUUAUCGCAUCUCCGAUGGUGGAAUCAAAGGUAGAACUUGCAUCUAUCUCGCUCUUCCGCGCGACGCCUGCACAGAUUGAGGAGACACGACGCCGAAGGUGGCCGCACUUGGGUGGUACCCUGAGUCUUGCGGAGUACAUUACGCGAGAUGAAGAGAUGGAUGUUCUGGAGCACGCAAAGGAGGGAAAAAUGAUCACCUGGGUACUGGCACCACGGGAGAACCCCACGACACUCGAUUUCAUGUGUGCUUGUAGGACAUACAAGCGAGCAAGCCUUGUUGCUUAUCCUCCUUCCUCUCCUUCUGGACCAAACUCUGUGCACGAAACAACCUCAUACGGCGUUGCCGCGGUCUUCACCCCACCCUCAAAACGUGGGCGCGGUUAUGCAAGGCACAUGAUGUGUCUUCUGCACUGGGUGACUGCCUCGCGCAAUAAUCUUCCUGAAUUCCCAGAGGCGUGGGGCACACCACCGGAAGAGGUAGCAGAUGCUGGCGGGGGGCUAUUCUCGGUGCUAUGGAGUGAUGUUGGUGAGGAAUUUUACCACUCAGCGGGCCCUGAGGGGAAGGGAGGCGGAUGGGAGAAACGGGGACCGGUAUCGACUGUAUGGGAAGUAGGUACGGAGGAGGGGGAUGACGAGGGAUGGAAGUGGCUGACGCAGGAGCAGCUGAAGGGUCUUUGGGACCAUGAUGCUGAGUUGAUUAGGAAGGAGCUAGAGAACAUGCUGGUGAAGAAUGAGUCGUACGAGGUGGGGCGCCCAACAGCACUCGUGACAUGUUUGCCAACAAACGGUGUCGCAGCAUUCCAAAUCCCUCGGGCGACGUACGGCUCGAACUUUUCUAUGGCAGGUGGAUUCUGGGGUGUACAGUCCUCGAGUAACCCAGACACAUACGCAAGCUGGAGCGUUGAAAUGCAGCCUCCCCCACCAACGUUAAUCGUCACGCGGCUCCGGGCCAGCGAAGACACGUUUCCUGGAUUGAUUGCGAAGAUCAAGCAGGCAGCUAGACGAAGCGGAAUUCGGAAAGUGGAGGUGUGGAAUUUGCGAGCAGGAUUGAGGGACAUUGCGGAGAAGACAGGUGCACAGACCUUCAUACGAAGUGAACAUUUGCCACAGAUUGUGUGGUAUGGACCUGAGACGACAGAGAACGUGGAGUGGGUGCAUAACGAAAAACCUCCGGUGAAUAGCAUCUGGUCAGUGCUGCAAUGCAUUCGAAGUCCAAUGUUGGUAGAGCGACUCGUACUACCAUACAGCUUUCAGUUUGUGUCAUCGAAUUUCAAUGGUGUCCCAGGCCACAUCGCCAUGCAUGCUCUAUCGCCAAACGCCUGA